CAUUUAUUUCCAGAAAUUAAAUAAAACAAAUUUAUUUGAAAUAUGAGUCAACCAGCAUAGGCAUCUUAAGCAUAACCAUAAAAAGCAAGCACCUUCAAUAAGUCUGAGAAAACAAAGGAUAUUAGAUUGACAAAUAUUCAGGCUGCUAAGGGUAAGAAUUUAAGAUAUAUGGGAAGCUGUUUCUGAUGCAAUAAGAACAAGUUUGGGACCAAGAGGGAUGGACAAAAUGAUAUAAGAUGCGAAAGGUGAAGUACUUAUCACAAAUGAUGGGGCAACAAUCUUGAAAUAAAUGGAUUUGGUUCAUCCGACUGCUAAAAUGGUAAUUAAUUGAAUAUUUAUGUAAGUUGGUUGAAAUAUCACAUGCAUAAGAUGUAGAGGCAGGAGAUGGUACUACUUCAGUUGUUGUAUUUGCUGGUGCAUUAUUGAAAUCAUGUGAAGUACUUUUAGAGAAGGGAAUUCAUCCAACAACAAUUUCAGAGGGAUUUCAAUAUGCUUUAGAAAAUGCAUUAGAAGCUUUAGAAGAAUUGAAGAAACCUGUUGAUUUAAAUAAUAAAUAAUAGUUGAUUGAAUGUGUCUAAACUGCAUUAUCAUCAAAAGUAGUUUCAUCUAAUAGUGCAUAAUUGGCUCCACUUGCUGUGGAUGCGGUAUUAAGGAUUAUUGAUCCUCUUAAACCAAAUAAUGUCGAUCUUAAAGAUAUAAAAAUUGUCAAAAAAUUAGGAGGCACUAUUGAUGAUACUGAAUUAGUUGAAGGAAUUGUAUUCUCUAAUUAAAAAGCAAGUUAAACAGCUGGAGGACCAUAAAAAGUUGAAAAUGCCAAAGUAGCUCUUCUUUAAUUUUGUUUAUCUGCACCUAAAACAGAUGUAGAAAAUUCUAUUGCAAUCAAAGAUUAUACAGAAAUGGAUAAAAUUUUGAAAGAAGAAAGAAAAUAUAUUGUAGAUCUUGUUAAAAAGAUUGUAGCAUCAGGUGCAAAUGUAUUAUUGAUAUAAAAAAGUAUUCUAAGAGAUGCUGUUAAUGAUUUAUCUUUACAUUUUUUAGCUAAGAAAGGAAUUAUGGUUGUUAAAGAUAUUGAAAGAGAGGAUGUUGAAUUUAUAUCAAAGGUAUUAUUGGAUACUAAUUUAUAUUAUAGACUUUAUGUUUGAUACCAGUUGCACACAUAGAUUAAUUAACUUCAGAUAAAUUAGGAACUGCAGGACUUAUUGAAACUGUCUAUUUAAAUGAUGAGAGCAAAGUUUUAAGAAUUACUGGAGUACCUGCUUAAUCUAAAGCUUUAACUAUCUUAGUUAGAGGAUCAAAUCAAUUAGUGUUAGAUGAAGCUGAUAGAAGCAUUCAUGAUGCUUUAUGUGUUGUUAGAAGUCUUGUUAAAAGUAAAGGAUUGAUUCCAGGGGGAGGAGCACCUGAAAUCCAUUUAUCAUUAAAAUUAACUUAAAAAGCUAAUACAUUAACUGGUGCUAGAUCUAUGUGUGUUAGAGCAUUUGCUGACGCACUUGAAGUUAUUCCAUAUACUCUUGCAGAAAAUGCUGGUAAAUUCUAAUUAUACCUUAUUAGGAUUGAAUCCAAUUAAUGUAGUUACUGAAUUGAGAAAUAGACAUCUUAAAUCUCAAAAAUUUGCAGGAAUAGGAAUGAAAAAAGUAAAUAUUUACAAUCAUUAUUUAGAAUAAUAUUGUGGAUGAUAUUACAACUCAAUAAGUUGUUUAACCUAUUUUGGUUACUAGAAGUGCUUUAAGUUUGGCAACUGAAUGUGUUAGAAUGAUUCUUAAAAUAGAUGAUCUAGUCAUUUCAGCCCGUUGA